UUGCUGUGUGGGACGAGGAGAGAGAAAGUGCUGGUGCGAUAGAUAGCAAGCCAACAAAAUCAGCAGCCCCCAUUUCUUCCCCUUUUCCUCGCCUCUCUCCUCCUCCUCCUCCCCCCUCCCUCCCCAUCUGCUCCCAGUUCCCCCAGCCAGAAAUCGAGCCUCCCACCGCCACAGAGCUCCGAGCUCCUCACCAUCCUCCUCGUCUGCUCGCUGCGUGGAUCUGCCGGCGGGAUGCUCGCUCCCUCACGCGCGCGGCCGGGGGAACGGGUGUGAAGAAAGGUGAGAGCGGAGAACUCUCUGGUGGUGCCUGAUGAGGUAGUGGGCGGCCAAGGAAGCAAAGUUUCUUGCUCUCCACCUGUUGAACUUACCAACUUGGUAUGCUGGAGUGCGAGGAUAAGAGCAGGCCCAAUUGCUUCACAGCUCUUGGGUUCUUGGUGCCAACUGUAGCAGCAGCAGAUCUGGGGGGAGCACCGAAGGCGUUCAUCAGAUGUUAUCCAGUGAGCACCCUUCAGGCCCCUCAUGUUCCUCCAAGUCUGGUGGCCCGAGUGUGAGCGCUGAUCCGGCGACGUCAGCGGCGGAGGAGCCGGCGAACCAGGAUCCCAGAGAUCUGGUCCAACCGUAUCCCAAGUUCUCCAUAAGAGAUUAUGUUUUUGCUUCAAGGAGCAAAGGCGUCAAGAGAAGCUGGCCUUUCCAUCCAAACUCGUUGCAGCUUUGCCUGAAGCGAGGUGUGAAGGAUCCACUGCCUCCAUUUGAGCCUCCUGAUUUGAUCCGGUCACAGCCGUUAAAUACUUUCAUAGACGUUGUGCAAUCUGCUGCGUGUUCAGAAGCCAUCGCUAGUGCUGGUCUGGUGAAGACUAGAGAUGCUGGUUCGUCAAACGAGGAUACAAGUGAUAUCAACUUCCAGUCAUGCCAACCAGUAGAUGAAUCACUUGGACCUUCACCAUACACAUCACCGGAGGAUGGGAAAUCUGGUAUCGACCAAGUGGGAAGUACAAAUGAAUCAGACCAUACUGAUGAGGCUUUACGAAUAGAUCUGCAAGAUAAUAGCUGCACGAAAGCAAGUCGACAAACUGAGGUUGCUGUGCCCUCGUGGCCAUUGAGAAAUCUUGACUCAUCGUGUGGUCCAUCUGAAAAGAAGGGCAAGUUUGUAGUCAAGUUAGGCACCCCGACAGAUAUUCGGCGGACAGAAGACAUAGCAUCUAACUCUAGCUCAGUUUCAGACCCCAUGGCUUCAAAGACUUGUCCUGUUUGCAGAGUGUUUGCUUCUACUUCGAACACCACAUUGAAUGCCCACAUAGAUCAAUGCCUUUCUGCUGAGUCUAAUACUGAGCUUGUUGAAACAGUCUUUGUGAAACCUAAAGUGAAGCCAAGAAAGAAGCGAUUGAUAGUGGACAUAUACGAGACUUCCCUUCCAUUCACCCUUGAGGAUCUUGAUCGGAGGAAUGGCACUAAUUGGGCAGUUGAGUUGGGCAUGUCCACAGCGAGCAAAGAGGUUUGCACUGAGAACCAAAGCCCAGAAGUGGUACCGUUUGACCGAAGAGAUGAUGAAAGAGAAGGAGAUGUCUAUGUUGAUUCUAACGGCAUAAAAAUUAGAAUUUUGUCCAAGUGUAGUGAUGCACCUUUGGUGUUGAGGGAUGAUCUUGGUUCAAGGAAAGUUGCGAAGCAUGAGACUGGAAAAGGUAUGCUCAUGAGCAAAAAGAUGCAGAAGUCGAAAAUGUUGAAGAAUAAGAAGCUCAAGAUGCAUGGAAAGAAGUACAACAAAACAAACCAUUUGAAGUCCCAGGUUCCAGCAUACCCACAUGAUGAUAUCAAUGAGGAAACCUCGGAGGAGGAGCGACAUGUGCGGAAUCCUUCUGAAAGCACCAGCAAUUGUGGUUCUGGGACUAUGCGGCAGUGGGCAUGUUCCAAACGCUCAGAUAUUGCCAAGAAUUACACCAGAAAGUUCAGUGAUAAAGUGACAUCUGGAGCACAGAAAUCAGAUAGGAGCAGCAUGCUUGGCUUUAAUGAUUCCCAAAAUACAGAAAGUCCUGCUGGGGUGUUUUCUUCCGAGUCACCAGAAGACAUGGCCACUACCUCAGAAGCCAUUGGCGUUGAGCAGAGUAAUGCAAGAUUGCUCAGAUCGAUUCCUACAUGGAUAUCAAAGACCCCUCUGCAGAGUGGCAUUAUGCCAAAAGUACCUAGAUCAGCUGCAGCUCUUGCAAAGAGGAAAAUUAAGGAGAUUGGAAGGAGAGAAGCUAAUAAGCUAGAUAAUUAUGAUAUAGUGAGGAAUCCCAUCCCAGCUAAAAGAUCUGAAGCUAGGUGUCUUUCUUUCUCCACUGCAGGGCCAAGCAAUGGACCAAAAAGGUUAGUCUCUACAUCUAAGAAGAUCCGAAAGCAACGAUCUCUGUUGAGGACUGGCAAGCGCGCAUUUUCACCUUCUACCGUUCAUGGUUUUGGCCAAGACCAUGAACCUGAUACCAGACAUGUAAAUAAGAAGUUCAGGGUUUCUAAUAAUGAGGGCCCCAAGAAGUUUGUGAAGCACACCGAAGAGGAUACAGCGGAUAAUGACUUCUCUUUUGGAAGUGAUAUGCCAGAAUUGGGACAGCAGGAUGAUCAAUAUGAUGUGACACAAGAAACAGAGGGUACACAAAUGUAUUAUGAGCGUGAAGAACCUGAAACUGAUCUGCCAUAUGAUUCAGUAUCCAGAAGUAAUCCUGCUGACUGUCAAAUAAGUGAUGGUUCUCUGAGUCCUGAAAACAACAGAGAAGCAGGUGAUGUUUUUGUUGAAGGCUAUAAUGUAGCUGUGGAGGAUCCAAGCUCCAGUGAGCAAUUAGCACAUCAUGGCCAUGAGUUCAACAGUGCUAUCAAUAAUGAGGCGGAGGAAUGGCAGAUAGAUCCGACUUCAACAAAGGAAUCGAGUGCUUGCUUUACUAAUAACAGAGACAUGGGUCCUGGAGCUCCUCAGGAUAACUCAUCAAUAACGUCAAAUAGAGAAUAUUCCAACCAAGAGCAUGGUUUGCCACUCGGACGGGACUUGCUGGACUCUCCUAUUUCCACUGCAUCAACUAUGUCUGCUUCAGCUGCUUUGAAGGAUUCAAGGAUUAACGAAUCAGAACCAGGUCUGUCUACUAGUAGAACUGUUGAAGAACGAACCACUGGGAGCUUAAAUCAAGAAACCAAGUCUAUACCUUUGGCAAGAGAAGGUGAACAACUGCCCAAUGAGAAGCCUUGCUGUUGUUCUUGUCGGGAGAAUAUUUCCAGAGAGUCUCAUCAAAGUGCAGUAGUCAGACCACCAAUGUUGAAUUUUGCUGGAAAGCAGGUUCCACAGUUGCACAUUGGUUUAAGGGCAUCAUCGUCUUUCAGCACAUACCAAAGAACCACCACAAAGCCCAACCCUUGCUUGGAUACACACGAUCAUCCUUUAGCGGCUAAGGUUUCAGCUAAAUCUGCUAUGAACCUCCCAUCUUACACAACAGACUGUAUGGGCUCCUCAUUACAAAAUCAGCUUCCUUCACCAUCAAAUCCUAUCUUGAGACUGAUGGGUAAGAAUUUGAUGGUGAUGAACAACGAAGAGAGUGUGCAUCCUCAACCACCAAGUUCAGACUAUGUCUUGAGAGGGAAUUAUGUGGCGCCUGUUGGUUUUGUGCCUCCAAACUACCAGCAUCUCAGUAAUUCAGCAUUUAUCAACACACCUCCAACCACAGCAAGUCACCAAUUUCCUUUACCAAGUGUUCAGGCUGGCAGCUUUGUUGGUCCUCCAUUGCAUGGUGGUUCUGUGAUGCAAUCUGACAAUCAUGCUCAGCAGAAGGCCUACAGAAACAUUGUGCCAGUCAUCCAUCAUCCAACUUACAUGAUGAAAGAAGUGAUUGUGAUCGAUGAUUCUCCCGAACGCAGAAGUGAGCCACAAGUUAGCAUGCUUCUCCCCCCUGCCCCGUCGCCGAAAACGAUGUCAGUACCAAACACUAUGCCACCCCGGCCAUUUUACUGCCUUCCAUCACAAAGCCCGAUUUUGCCAAGGGAAAGGGCUGUUGGAUCCAUGCCUGUAUAUGCAAACGUUGGCCCAAUGGUUGGUGUCGGCUCAUCAGGUCAAGGAAGCCAAACAGAAGUAGCCAAUCCUUACAUGCAAAAUCCAUUCUUCGUCCAGUCUCCAACUGGUUACAUGAACCCGCCCGUGUACUAUCCUCAGAAUUUGCGGUGAUAGUUUCUCAGUAACUCAAAUGACCAGGAGAACUCCAUUUAGCUUGCCGGUCAUCACUGUCAAAGUGGGGGGAAAUGAGAGUUUCGUGAUGGGUCUAAAAAUGCUGAGACUAGUGAACCUGCAUGAGAUGUCUGACUUUCAUGAGGAUUUUCACAUAGGUUGCUUCUUUAGUUUUUUUCCCCUUAAAGGUAAACAUGUUUGCCAUCAAAAGUAUUUUAAUCACAUCCUGCAAAGUUGCAGUAAAUUAUAGUAUGCAAUUCCAAUAGUUCCCCAAAGGAAUAUAUCUCAGUAUUUAUCGAAGAAAAAGUAACACCUUACAUUCCCAA